CUUGUAGCAACUGGAUAUAUGUGCUGGGUACUUUCACUUACAUUUCUGGUACCGCUCACUGCCAUACAUUACAAUACAGAAAAUGCUCUUGGUCAAAACUGAAGUCUGUUUUUUUUGGAUGGUAUUAUGUUAUACCUCUUUUGCUUCAAUGGGUAACAAACAUUGCCAUGACUCCUGUAACACAUCCACCCUCCAGGCUCCACUAGGCUCUGCGGUGCUCCUGUCAUGCAGCUUUGGGUCCACCUUUCUGGGCAUUAGCCCUGGCCAUGGCUGGGUGGUGUGGAACCAGGGCUCUGGUUCUGGUGCCAGCCUGGUCAACAUCACGUCCUCUGGGAAGGUGGACUUUCUGGACCCCAGGCAGGGCAGAGUGAAGGCUUUCCCCAAUCAGGGAGGUCUGGGGAACUUCUCCAUCCUAAUCGAUGCCCUUCAGGCCUCAGACCUGGGCUCCUACUGCUGUGAGCUGCAGAGUCAUGACCAGUGCCAUCGAGUGGAAGUUGAGGAACUUGAAGAAGGUUCACACAUCGUGUUGUUUUUCAGCGUCGGCAGUUUGGCCAUCCUCCUAGUGCUCCUAAGUGGCUGUUUCUGCUGGGUGAAAUGGACACGAGUUACUACUGAAAGAACACCAGACUAUAUCAACACCCAUUUCUGUGCAGGAUCCAGUGCACCUCCUGAGGACGUCGCAUGUAGUGACAAUGUCGGGAGAGACGUGGCACAGGAGAGAGGAGUCGGCAAUGAGCGACCGAUCUAUGAAAACAAUGAGCACGAUCCAACCAGAAUGCAGCAUGAUCCGACCACAAUUCAGCAUGAUCCGACCACAAUUCAGCAUGAUCCCACCAGAAUUCAGCAUGAUCCCACCAGAAUUCAGCAUGAUCCCACCAGAAUUCAGCAUGAUCCCACCAGAAUUCAGCAUGAUCCAACCAGAAUUCAGCAUGAUCCAACCAGAAUUCAACAUGAAGCACAAAGAAACCAGCACGAACCAGCUAGAUACAAAAAUAAAUUGCGAGAAUCGAGUGAGAAAAGAAGACAGGGGUUUCAUGGAGAACUCAUGAGCAGAUUGCGCCAAUCAAGUCUCGGACAGCGUUACUAUGCAAACCAAGCCGAGAUCAACCAGCAAGCCAGAGUUCAGAUGGACAACCACAAAAGAGCAAACGAAGCAAAGACCAACCCGGAGGGCAGAUCCCAAAUGGACAACCGCCAAAGAGGAAGCUUUUGGAGAAAGAAACCCAAAGAGCAAUGUGAAUAUGAAAACCCUAUCUAUAACAGUGCAGUCAAACUCAACAAACUAUAGACAGUGAAGAAGAGGAUACUGAGUCUCAACUCCUUGGUCUCACUUUUGUUUAGGUUGUAUUUUAUUUUAUUUUGUAAAUAAAGUACAUUACAUUGUCUUGAAAGUGAAACAAAUAUGAA